AGGGAAUUGGACAAUAACAGAUAGCGUUUCUCUUUCUCUUAUCUCCAUCCCCCCAAAAAUAUUUUUGCAAUUUAGGGGUGUUUUUUUAUUCAUCCUCCUCCUAAUGGCCUCCGUCUGUGCUACCUCCGUCAAGCUCGGGUGCUCUCUCAAGCCAGCAAGCUGGACUACUCAGACCGGUGGAAGGCCCUCCAGUGUGAAGUUAGUCUCGUCGGGCUCGUCGAAAAGCUUCCCUUCUUUGCGAUCCCCACGGCUCCAAAUCUGCUGUGCUGCCAAACCCGAGACGGUGGAAAAAGUGAUGGGUAUCGUGAAAACACAGCUGGCUUUGUCCGAUGACGUUGCCCUAACUCCCGAAACUAAGUUCUUGGACCUCGGUGCCGACUCUCUGGACACGGUGGAGAUAGUUAUGGGCCUGGAGGAAGAGUUUGGCAUCAGCGUGGAAGAGGAUGGCUCUCAGAACAUUACGACGGUGCAGGAGGCGGCCGACAUGAUCGAGAAGUUGGUCGAGCAGAAAGCUGGGGCCGCUUAAAUUGAACUGCAUAUGUGAGGGUUCCAUGUGAGGUGAGACUCAAUGUGGAUGGAUUCCAAGUAGAAGUUUUAGGCUUAGAUCAUUGUGUUUCCUUAAAACCAAAUUAUGAGGCGAAGUUUUUGUGUGGUACCUGAUAUUAUUUUUGAAAUGACGUCCGUGUUGACGAGAUGUAUCGAUCCUUGCUGGUUAAAUUUGGCUGCAAGCAAACGUGAUGCCUGGAAAUAUUGAUAUUCUCUAU